AUGGUUUCCAGAUCGUAUUCGAAUCUACUGGAGCUUGCUUCAGGAGACUCUCCAACGUUUGGCCGCAUGAACAGACAGAUCCCUCGAAUCAUGGCCGUCGCCGGAAUCAUGUCCAACAUCGACAACGAUUCCAAAGAAACUCUUUCCUCUGAUCUCUCUCCCAAAGACCGUAUCAUCAUUGUAGCCAAUGAAUUACCAAUACGAGCUCAGAGAAACAACAAUGGUGGUAGUACAAGUAGUAGCAGUAACUGUUGUAGCAAAAGUUGGAACUUUUCUUGGGAUGAGAACUCUCUCCUCCUCCAGUUAAAAGAUGGUUUAGGAGAUGAAGCCACUGAAGUCAUCUAUGUAGGUUGCUUGAAAGAAGAGAUUCAUCCAAACGAGCAAGAAGAAGUGUACCAAAUACUUCUUGAAAACUUCAAGUGUGUGCCAACGUUCUUGCCUCUUGAUUUGUACACAAGAUACUACCAUGGAUUCUGCAAGCAGCAGCUCUGGCCUCUGUUCCACUACAUGCUCCCACUCUCACCUGACCUAGGAGGCAGAUUCGACCGAACUCUAUGGCAAGCUUACGUCUCAGUGAACAAGAUCUUCGCUGAUAGGAUCAUGGAAGUGAUAAACCCUGAGGAUGACUUCGUGUGGAUACACGAUUACCAUCUGAUGGUCUUGCCUACUUUCUUGCGCAAGAGGUUUAACCGAGUCAAGCUAGGGUUCUUCCUCCACAGCCCUUUUCCUUCCUCAGAGAUUUACAAGACUUUACCUAUCCGUGAAGAGCUUCUCCGAGCUCUCCUCAACUCUGAUCUUAUAGGGUUUCACACAUUCGACUACGCGAGGCAUUUCUUGUCUUGCUGUAGUCGAAUGCUAGGGCUCACUUAUGAGUCCAAGAGAGGUUACAUUGGCCUUGAGUACUACGGCAGAACCGUGAGCAUCAAGAUACUCCCUGUAGGUAUCCACAUGGGACAGCUUCAGUCUGUUCUAAGCCUCCCGGAGACGGAGAGGAAAGUUGGGGAGCUUAUAGAGGAGUACAAAGGCAGGACAAUGCUGCUCGGUGUUGAUGACAUGGACAUCUUCAAAGGCAUAACCUUGAAGCUCUUGGCUAUGGAGCAGCUGCUCAUGCAACACCCUGAGUGGCAAGGGAAAGUUGUGCUUGUGCAGAUAGCGAAUCCUGCGAGAGGGAAAGGGAAAGAUGUUAAGGAGAUGCAAGCUGAGACUUAUGCGACGGUUAAACGGAUCAACGAGACGUUUGGGAGAGAUGGUUAUGAUCCUAUAGUGUUGAUCGAUGCGCCGUUGAAGUUUUAUGAGAGAGUUGCUUAUUAUGUGGUUGCAGAGUGUUGCUUGGUGACUGCUGUGAGGGAUGGUAUGAAUCUUAUACCGUAUGAGUACAUUGUGUCACGUCAAGGGAAUGAGAAGCUUGACAAGGUUUUAAACUUGGAGCUGAGUCAUCGCAAGAAGAGCAUGCUUGUGGUGUCUGAGUUUAUUGGUUGCUCACCAUCGUUAAGCGGAGCCAUUCGUGUGAAUCCAUGGAACGUUGAUGCAGUGGCUGAUGCGAUGGACAGUGCUCUUGAAGUGGCUGAGCCGGAGAAGCAGCUGAGGCAUGAGAAGCAUUACAAGUAUGUGAGCACUCAUGAUGUUGGUUACUGGGCUCGUAGCUUUCUUCAAGACCUUGAGAGGAGUUGCUGUGAGCAUGGACGGAGGAGGUGUUGGGGGAUUGGGUUUGGUUUGAGUUUCAGAGUUGUGGCGUUGGACCAGAGCUUUAGGAAGCUGUCGAUGGAGCAUAUAGUGUCAGCUUAUAAGAGGACGAAGACGAGAGCUAUUCUCUUGGACUAUGAUGAUACGUUGAUGCCACAGGGGUCUAUAGAUAAACGACCUUCAUCGAAGUCUAUAGAGAUCUUGAACACAUUGUGUAGAGACAAAGGAAAUCUUGUGUUCAUUGUUAGCGCCAAAAGCCGAGAGACGUUGUCUGAUUGGUUUAGUCCUUGUGAGAAGCUUGGUAUUGCUGCUGAGCAUGGCUACUUUCUAAGGCUGAGGAAGGCAGUGGAGUGGGAGAAUUGUGUGGGGGCAGCAGAUUGUUCUUGGAAGCAAAUAGCAGAGCCUGUGAUGGAGCUUUACACGGAGACAACAGAUGGAUCAACGAUAGAAGAUAAAGAGACGGCUCUUGUUUGGAGCUAUGAGGAUGCUGAUCCGGAUUUUGGCUCAUGUCAAGCUAAAGAGCUUCUUGAUCAUCUUGAAAGUGUUCUUGCUAAUGAACCUGUAACUGUCAAGAGAGGACAGAACUAUGUUGAGGUCAAGCCACAGGGAGUGAGCAAAGGGCUUAUAGCGAGGAGGAUGCUAUCGAUGAUGCAAGAAAGAGGAACACUUCCUGAGUUUGUUCUGUGUAUUGGAGAUGACCGGUCUGAUGAAGACAUGUUUGAAGUGAUAUGUAGUUCCACUGAAGGCCAUUGGAUUGCGCCGAGAGCUGAGGUUUUCGCUUGUACUGUAGGUCAGAAGCCUAGCAAGGCCAAGUAUUACUUGGAUGACACUGCUGAGAUUGUCAGGUUGAUGCAUGGUUUAGCUUCUGUUUCAAACCAGACCACUCCUGUUUAA